AGCUUAGCGUCAUACUCUUUGGAUUUUUUUUUAUUAUUUUAUUUUUAGUUUAUCGUCUCUUUUGGAAGACAAUCCUUUUUUUCUAAUAGGCACUUUAUAUUCCAAGGGGAUUCUUUUUUAACAACAUUUUUUUUUUCCCACAAGUCCACUCUUUCUUCACCCCAUAGAAGAGCAGUGCUGAACCUCUGUACGACGACCUACGUGACCACCUUGCCACGCUUCCGCCAGAAGAAAAUCUUUCCUUCAAUAACGUUGGCGAAAAUUCCACCCUCCUUAAUUUCAGCCAGUUAAUUCGUCCAGUCAGUCCUCCAGUCAGUCCAGCCAGUCCCGUCCAUCCAUCAAUCAAUCGAUUGCUCACUAGAUUGCCCUAGCACGUUUACUUUUUAUCAUUCACAAUGUCAAACAACGACUCCAAGAAACCAAGAAACUUUCACAUUGCCCACAGACGGUCACCCAGUGAGCUCACGACUCUCAUGGUUGAGCAAUAUAACCUCCACCGUCAAUUGGAGGUGGUCCAGGCUCAACAGAAGCAAAUCUUGCAACAACAGCAACAGCAGCAACAACAGUUUAGCUACCCACCAGCUUCCGCCCCUCUGGGAGGGUCAUCAGAAUUGAUGCCCCCACCUUCUAACUUCAGGGGCAACUCGCAUUCUAAAUCGUCCUCCUUCAACAAUUCAACUGGCCAAUUGUCCAACCAACCUUCUGGAGGUUCGGGCGGCCACCGUAGAACUGGCUCAAACUCGUCGAACUCAGCCAAUGGACACAACAGAAGACAUUCACUUGGAUUGAACGAAGCCAUUAGAGCUGCAGCCACUCAAAGACAAAACAACCACAAAUCCACUCUCAGUCCUGCUGCUUCUGUUAAUGCCUCCAACUCUUCACCUCCAGCCCCAGGCCAAGGACCACAAGAAAAUAUUGGAUCGUUUAAAUUCCCACCUGAUUCGAGUUCCACCAACAAUGAGACCAAUUAUGUUUCAGACUCUCCACCUGGUGUUGGAGGGGCUCCUUCCCACACCCGGUCACGUUCUUUAGCAUAUGGUCAACCAUCAUUUAAAUUCCCCCCAGAAAGCCCUGGAACCGCAGGUUUAACCCCCAAUAACCAAGGCGCCACAGCAGCCAGCGGGCUGCUUCUCCCACCAACCCCAAGUUUUGACCAUGGGUUCAGUCCCGAAAGAGGUCAUCAAAGACGUGGCUCUCAUUAUCGUUCCAAUUCUCGUAAUUUUGACCCCAAUGGUGCCGUCAAUAUGAAUUUGAAUUGGCGCAAUGGUAACUCCAACUCCAAUACAAAUAAUAACCACAACAGACAACAAUCUUCCAAUCAAUUUGGUGGAUUGGAACCACCUUCGUUCGUCCCAGGACAUAAGGCUCGCAACAGCAGCUAUGGAGGAGGAUCAGUUUCAUCGAUUUCUAACUUUUUACCAAAUGGAAACAACAAUAAUAAUGGUGGGAAUGGAGGGAACCUGAAUGGAAGAAAGUCACUUUUUGCUCCAUACUUGCCACAAUCACCACUUCCUGAUCUUAUUGCCGAGGGACGUCUUGUCACCGGUACAUUGCGUGUAAAUAAAAAGAAUAGAUCCGAUGCUUAUGUAUCUACUGAUGGACUUCUUGACGCCGAUAUUUUCAUUUGUGGGUCCAAGGACCGUAAUAGAGCGUUGGAAGGAGAUCUUGUUGCCGUGGAACUUCUUGUUGUUGACGAAGUUUGGGAAUCCAAAAAGGAGAAGGAGGAAAAGAAGAGAAGAAAGGAUAAUAACUUUAAAGGACACUCCAACGAUGAUAUCCAUAACGAUGCCACUAGCUUUUCUGGAGGACCAUCUGAAGAUUCUCAAUCCAAAGAUUCCAAUAACAAUGGUGGCAAUGGUGGUGAUGACUCAAAUUUGACCAGAAGAGGUUCCCUCAAGCAAAGACCUACAAUGAAGAAGAAUGAUGAUGUUGAAGUUGAAGGUCAAUCAUUAUUAUUGGUUGAAGAGGAGGAAAUCAAUGACGAUGUCAAGCCACUCUACGCGGGCCAUGUUGUGGCGGUAGUUGAUAGAAUCCCAGGUCAACUCUUUUCCGGAACCUUGGGAUUGUUGAGACCUGCACAAGCUGCGCAAGUUGCCAAGGAUAAAAAGAAUGGUAAAGAACUGAAUAUUCAAACUCCUAAAUCACCUAAAAUUGUUUGGUUUAAGCCAACCGACAAGAAGGUUCCACUUAUUGCCAUCCCCACGGAACAGGCCCCACGUGACUUUGUGGACAACCAUGAACGUUAUUCAGAUCAACUUUUCGUUGCAUCCAUCAAGAGAUGGCCAAUCACUUCUUUGCAUCCAUUUGGUACGUUGGUCAACAAAUUGGGACCAAUUGACGAUCUGGAAACCGAGAUUGAUUCUAUUUUAAGAGAUAACAAUUUCCUGUGUGAUGAAUACCCUGAGGAUGAAUAUGGAGACAUUAUAGAAUCAUACAUUGGAGAAUUCCCAUCUAUUGAAGAAGAAUUAAAUGAAAAUGUUGAUCGUGUUGAAUAUUUGAAUGAAUAUGUCAUUCUGUUUUCACAAAAUGGCCAAUUUGUCGAUCAUGCCUUGCAUGUGAAAAGAUUGUCUAAUACCAAGAUUGAGUUGGGAUUCCAUGUUGCUGAUGUUUCCUUUUUCGUUAAGCCAGGUUCAAUUUUGGAUAGAAAGGCGAAAAAACGGUCUUCAUCGGUUUUCUUGCCGCAAAAAGAGAGUCAUUUACUUCCAGGAAAGGUUAAUGAUUUGAUCUCAUUCAAAGAAAAUGAGAAAAAUUUGGCAAUUUCUGUGAUUUUUGAAAUUGAUACAACCAAUUUUGAAGUGGAGGAUUUAUAUAUCAAUGAAUCAGUGGUUGUUCCAAAGCAAUUGGUUACCUAUGAUGCAUUUGAUGUGAUCUUAUCCCAUGAUUCUACGUCUGCAGAAGUUUCUGAAUUGAAUAUUUCAUCUGCCACUUGCGAUUACAUUAAGACAUUAAGUUUAAUUGCUCGUGAAUUCCGUAGACAUCGUUUAGAGAAUCUGGAAUUGGGAGUAAGUCCAAACUUAACCUUGUUGGAUCAAUUAGAUGAUGAAAGAGUUAGAUUGGAUUUGAAUAUUUUUAAAGAUAGUCUUUCAUUUGAUAUUAUCUCUGAAAUUUCUCACAAGGUUAAUGGGGCCAUUGCAGCCAAGGUUCAUGCUGGUUUGGGAGACUUUGCUCUUUUGAGAAGACAACCAUUACCUACACUUCAAAAAAUGGAGGUUUUCGUACGUAAGGCAAACAAUUUGGGAAUUAAAAUUGAUACCACCAGUUCAGCAACUUUACAAAAUUCCAUUUUAUCCAUUGAAGACCCAGUUAAAAGACAAUGUGUUGAGAUUUUGUUGUUCAAGUGUAUGUCAAGAGGCAAAUACUAUGUUGCUGGUAAGCAAGAUUCAGAUAGUUUUGGCCAUUAUUAUUACAAUUUACCACUUUAUACUCAUUUCACAGCACCAUUGAGAAGAUACACUGAUAUUAUUGUCCAUAGACAAUUGAAGAGUAUUCUUCAUAAGACUGGGAUGCCCGAAGCAAGCGAUUUGGAAACUCUUAAGGCUACUGCAGACUAUUGUAACUUUAAGAAGGACUGUGCAGCCAGUGCACAAGAACAAGCAAUUCAUUUACUCUUGUCUCAAACCAUUGACAAUUUAAGUGAAGUUUCAGGUCAACUUUUGUGUAUGGGUACUGUAAUCCAAGUGUAUGAAUCAUCUUUUGAUGUUUUCAUUCCAGAAUUGGGGGUUGAAAAAAGAGUUCAUGGGGAUCAACUUCCAUUGGUGAAGGCUGAAUUUGAUAAAGGUGAACGAAUUUUGGAAUUGUAUUGGGAAAAUGGCGUUGAUUCAGCAACAUAUAUCCCACCAGAUGAAAAAUCUUCAUUAUCAUACCGUAGUUCAAUCAAGAAUAAGCAUAGAACAUCAGCAGUUCAAGCUGCAAAGAUUCAGAAUACAAACCGGAAUUCUGAAACUACUGAUUCCAUCGUUGAAAAGCUUGGUAAGUUGAACUUGAACCUUCCUAGUUUGUCAACUCCAAUUGUUGAAAGAGGUGGUGCAUCGGAAGAUGGAUUGAAACCAUAUCUUCAAGAUGUGAUUAUACGUGAAGAAAACAAUCAAUACGUUCAAGAAAUUAGAGAGUUGAACAAAGUACCAGUACUUAUUCGUGCUGAAAUUGGAAUGGCUUUACCAUGUUUGACUGUGAGAAUCUUGAACCCAUUUGCAUGAGGUGAGAGUGUUAAUAAGAGAGAGAGAAGAAUGAUUAAUGACUAGUUUAAUAAAUGACACAUAAUAUUUGAUUUGUAGAAUGU